CAUUGUGUCUCUGCAUCACAUUAUUCCAAAAAUAAAAUUAAAAUAUAUAGAUGUAUCAUCCAACCAAUGGUGGGGCCAUUCACCUCAAAAUAAUGACUUUGACCAUACAUGGUCAGGAACAGUUUUUGUAACAUUACCCACAACACUACAAACAUUUAUUUAUGAUGGAACCAAUUCGGCAGUUCACCUUACAAAUCGGAUUAGGGUGGUGUUUAAUGCAAGUAAUACUCUGAGAAAUCUUUCUAUCAGCUACAAUGACAACAUGAUACUGGAAGGGUCUGUUACUGGACUGAACAAGCUUACAACACUGAGAAUAGAACACAAUGGGAAUAUGUCAUUUUCAGAAUCAUUUUUGAUAAUUUCCCAAGUCUGAAAAACUUCUAUAUGACUGGGGUGCGUCUUCCAAAACAGUAUUUCCAAAACGAGUCGAUUCGGCUAUUUAGAAACCUGACAAAGCUGAAAAACCUCGAUCUCUCCUCUAGCGACCUGUUCCAUUUACCAAAACACUCGUUUCGCCACAAUCGCUUUCUCAAGAAUCUCUUACUGUCACACAACAACUUUCACAGUAUUAUAUUCUCCAUCGAAGAUGUUCCACAUUUAGAGACUUUAGAUUUGUCUUAUAAUAAUAUCAAAACGUUGGAUCGGGAUACCAGAAAUUCGUUGGACAAUCAUGGUAUAAAUAAAUCAAAUUUUAUUUUAAAACUGCACAACAAUCAAUUAAGCUGCAGGUGUCAAAAUAUCGACUUCGUGUUGUGGUUCAAACAAACCGAUUAUAUUUUAAAUUCAAGUUAUGUGCAAUGCACGUAUGAAAAUAAUACAUUGGUUAUUUUCAAAGAUAUUGACGACGAAGCUUUAUGGCACGAGUGUACAGGAAAACCAGCGUUUUACAUCGUGUCGUCCAUGUUUGCAUUGCUCAUCUCUGCAGCUCUGUGCUCCUUUCUUAUAGUGAAGCAUAAGACUCAGAUUGUUGUGUUUUUCCACAGACUGUUUCACGGGGUCGCUGGACUCCCAAGAAGAGAAGACUUCAGGUAUGAUGUUUUUAUUGGAUACGCUGAUAAAGACUGUGACUUUGCGUGCAUGCAACUGAGAGAGAUCCUGGAGGACAGGUUUCAUUAUCGAGUUUAUCUCCAUGAUCGUGACAGUGAGUUGGGCGGCUUGAGAGCCAUCUCCAUUCUAGAAGGAGUCCACAACAGCUGGAAGAUGGUCCUCGUUUUGUCACAGAACUUCGUCACUGACGAAUGGUCUAGAUAUACGAUGCAUGCCGUAGCUUUGUACGCUGCCUCCGACCUCAUACCAAAGAGGCUGAUCAUUCUCCUGGACCAAGAGAAUCCGUGCGAUGUUCCAGACACCCUCCUGUGCAUUGCAGAUGAAGACACGAUUCUGCCAAUCCCACGUCUCAAUGAUGACGAUUCGUGGGAACACUUAAAGCGUCUUCUGAAGUGAUUUUUCACAAAUUUCAAUUCCCCCAAGUCUCGUGUGGACAAGGUGUAAUGCAGUGGUAUCAUACGAAUCUAGGGACAGGUUUAAUUUACUCGAGUGGGAUCAUACGAAUCUAGGGACAGAUUUAAUUUUUAAACUAAAUAGAUAGUGGUGAGUGCUGUCUUGUCUGUUAGAAAGUGUACAUAAAUGAUCAAUUUUUGCUACCUGGUUUGAGUAACCUAUGUGAGAACGUUUAUCAAAAGUAUGUAUUGUGGCUAACUGACUUGAUUAAACCAUGUGAGCCA